AUGGGGAAGGGAACAGGGAGUUUCGGUAAGAGGAGGAACAAGACCCACACCCUCUGUGUGAGGUGUGGCCGUCGCAGCUUCCACCUUCAGAAGAGUCGCUGUGCUGCGUGUGCCUUCCCUGCUGCGCGCACAAGAAAAUAUAACUGGAGCGUGAAGGCCAUUAGGAGGAAGACUACUGGAACUGGAAGGAUGAGGUACCUGCGACACGUGCCUCGCAGAUUCAAGAGCGGCUUUAGAGAGGGUACCGAGGCUGCACCCAGGAAGAGGGGAGCGGCUGCCACUUCCUAA